UUGCUAACUGUCAUUUACAUUGUCAUGCAUUUGAUAUACAAACCUGACGAUGGAGAAAUCCUAGGAGUUCAUAUUUUUGGUUUGCACGCAGCAGAUCUCAUCCAUGAAGCAUCCAAUGCUAUAGCAUUAGGGACACGUAUUCAGGACAUAAAACUUGCAGUUCAUGCACAUCCAACUCUGUCUGAGGUUCUUGAUGAGUUAUUUAAAUCAGCAAAGCAGAUUCAUUUUCAGAGAUAUACAAUUCGGUGGAUAUAUACAAACCCUAGCCGCUUUAUUCCUAAUUUCCCUUACAGAAAACCCUAGCCGCUUUGAGUUCAAGAGAUGGCGAAGUCAAAGAAUCACACAGCUCACAACCAAUCUUACAAGGCACACAAGAACGGCAUCAAAAAGCCAAAGAGGCACCGUCACACUUCCACCAAAGGGAUGGAUCCUAAGUUUCUCAGGAACCAGAGGUAUGCAAGGAAGCACAACAACAAAAAUGGGGAAAUCGCCACCGAAGAAGAGUAAACUGUCUUUUUGAAUCCAGCUCUUAAUGUUUUACUUUAAAUCUGUCUCGUCUUGUGUAGUAGUAUUUUCCGAGCUUUAUUUUUAAUGCAGUGAAAAUGCAGUACUCUAUAAGCUUUUUUGCUGGUUUUUGUUGAACACUAUUUGAAUUUUUAUCAUAUGAAUAUUUAGUUGAUUGUGUUCUAGCACAUUUUUUCAGUUA